AUGACGCUCGGGUUGAGAGGCAGCAACAAGAUCUUCUACGCUCUUGAUGGAACCCAUCAUACUAUAAGCCAUACCCUCCCUUGUAAGGCCAAACAACCACCACCGCUUCAACGUCGUGUUAUUGCUAUUCAGCUUAAGGUGGAAAGAAAUAGUGAUGAGACUUAUGCUGAGAUCACUUUGAUGCCAAAUACAACUCAAGUUGUAAUCCCUACUCAGAAUGAAAAUCAAUUUAGGCCAUUAGUUAAUUCCUUUACAAAGGUUUUAACGGCCUCAGACACAAGUGCCCAUGGUGGAUUCUCUGUUCCGAGAAAACUUGCCAUUGAAUGUCUCCCUCCGCUGGAUAUGUCUCAGCCUUUACCGGCACAAGAACUUCUUACUAUAGAUCUCCAUGGUAAUCAAUGGAGAUUCAAACACAGCUAUAGAGGUACACCGCGAAGACAUUUGUUAACAACAGGUUGGAAUGCAUUCAUAACAUCAAAAAAAUUGGUUGCAGGGGAUGUUAUUGUAUUCCUUAGGGGAGAGACUGGAGAGUUACGAGUUAGUAUCAGACGAGCGAGAUAUCAACAAGGGAACAUACCUUCAUCACUAAUAUCAAUAGAAAGUAUGAGACAUGGGGUAAUUGCUUCUGCAAAGCAUGCUUUUGAUAACCAAUGUAUGUUCAUUGUGGUUUACAAGCCAAGGUCAAGUCAAUUUAUUGUCAAUUACGAUAAAUUCUUAGACGCCGUAAACAAUAAGUUCAAUGUCGGGUCAAGAUUUACAAUGCGGUUUGAGGAAGAAAAUUUCUCUGAAAGAAGUGAUUUCUCUCCUCAUUGGAAAUGUUCAGAAUGGCGUAGCUUAAAAGUGCAGUGGGAUGAAUUUGCAUCAUUUCCGAGACCUGAUAAAGUUUCCCCAUGGGAAAUAAAACAUUCAACGCCUUCGUCAAAUGUUCUCCCGUCAUCUAUGCUUAAGAACAAACGUUCUUCAUCAUCACACCUCUUGCCUCCUAUAUUGACACAAGGACAAGAAAUUGGACAACCAAGCAUGACCUCCCCAAUGAAUGUUCCUCUUAGUUACCGUGAUGCAAUUGAAGAUGAUUCGACUCCUUCUAGGUUGCUAAUGAGCUACUCUGUCCAGACAAUGCCCCGACUAAAUUACAAUAACGAUCAAAUAGUUACACCAAUAGAAGGAAAUAUAACAAACAAUGGAGGCGCUAGUUGUAGAGUGUUUGGAGUCUCUCUUGCCACUCCUCCAGUGAUCAAAGAUCCCAUUGAACAAAUUGACUCAGAUCCAAACUUAGAGAUUUCUAAACUUUCUCAAGAGAAAAUUUUUGGUCUAGGCCAAAUGAGAUCAACAAGAGAGAUCCAAAGCAAGCAGUUGAGUUCUACCAGAACCUGUACCAAAGUAAGUAUAAGAUCAAUAUAUUCUACUCUUUAUAUGAAUCAUUUUCUCAUUUUACUCAACUCAUGCCAUCUUGAUAUGGAACAGGUUCAAAUGCAUGGUGUAACACUAGGAAGAGCUCUGGAUUUAAGUGUUCUUAACGGAUAUGAUCAGCUGAUACUGGAAUUAGAGAAACUCUUUGAUCUCAAAGGCCAGUUGCAAAACCGCAACCAAUGGGAAAUAGUUUUCACAGACAAUGAAGAAGAUGAGAUGCUUGUUGGAGACGAUCCAUGGCCUGAAUUCUGCAACAUGGUGAAGAAGAUAAUCAUAUAUUCAAAAGAGGAGGUCAAAAACUUUAAGUCCGGAAACAGUCGCUCAAAUUGAAUCAAUAAUCAAAACAUAUGUAAAAAAAGGGGUAUAAAAUGUUACUGCUAUCUUGGUGUCUUGUUUUGUUUCUUUCUCUUAUUUGUUGUUGCAUCCGUUUGUAUUAUGUACUUCUAUUCCAUCGUCCAUAAAUAAAAUAAAAUCCCCUUGUUGUCGUGAUAUUGAGCUUUCUUUCUUAUUCCUACAAUCACUUACCACAUCUACAUUCUAAAGAUUUGAGUGUAGUAUUUCUUUUUUGAUAUUUUGAAAAAAAAAUUUUGUAACGCUAAGUUUAUAGUCAUUCAAUAAAUUAAAAAUUUUAUUCUACCUAUUCUAGUACUUAUAAAACCAGAUAUUUUGAAGACAAACAAAAA